AUGAAUACGUGGGAACGGCACUUUUUUUUUUUUUGCUUCCUCUGUAUUCUGCUGCCCUUUGUAGCCCUUUACACAUUUACUGGAUUCCCAAAUACCAACUCUAGUGAAUUGAUCGAUAAAAAAAUAGAUCAGAUUCGGCGUCACGUAGCUGAUCGUUAUCUGCAGCGUACGGCACGACUCGACAACGUCUCCCCGUUACUAUCUGGUCUGUUUUUCACUAUUGCUAAACGCGGUUACGGCGAUCGUGCACCAACGGAAGAUGCUAUAUGCGAAGUACACUAUACUUAUCGUUUUAGAUGCAAUUUGGUCUUUGAGGACACUCGGAGGAAUACGUAUCCAAUGCACCGAGCACCAUCACAAAUGAUUGCUGGUGCAAAGGAGGCAAUGUAG